AGCACUUUAGGACCCAAGGGCAUGGACAAGAUUCUUCUAAGCAGUGGAAUAGAUGCUUCUCUCAUGGUAACCAAUGAUGGUGCAACCAUUUUAAAAUCUAUUGGUGUUGACAACCCAGCAGCCAAAGUUUUAGUUGAUAUGUCAAGGGUUCAAGAUGAUGAAGUUGGUGAUGGUACUACCUCUGUAACUGUGUUAGCAGCUGAGUUGUUAAGGGAAGCAGAGUCUUUGGUUGCAAAAAAAAUUCAUCCUCAAACUAUUAUUGCUGGUUGGAGAGAAGCUACAAAAGCAGCAAGAGAGGCUUUGUUGUUAUCCACAGUUGAUCAUGGUUAUGAUGAAGCUGCAUUCCGUGAAGAUUUAAUAAACAUUGCUGGAACUACAUUGUCCUCAAAGCUCCUAACUCAUCACAAAGACCACGUCACUAAGUUAGCUGUAGAAGCUGUUCUUAGACUGAAAGGCUCUGGCAAUCUUGAAGCUAUACACAUCAUCAAGAAACUGGGAGGAAGUUUGGCAGAUUCCUAUUUAGAUGAAGGUUUUUUGCUGGAUAAGAAAAUUGGAGUAAAUCAACCAAAGCAAAUUGAAAAUGCAAAAAUUCUUAUUGCGAAUACUGGGAUGGACACAGACAAAAUAAAAAUAUUUGGUUCCCGACUAAGAGUUGACUCCACAGCAAAGGUUGCAGAAAUAGAACAGGCUGAAAAAGAAAAAAUGAAGGAGAAAGUUGACCGCAUCUUGAAGCAUGGAAUAAAUUGCUUUAUCAACAGGCAGCUGAUUUAUAAUUAUCCUGAACAGUUAUUUGGUGCUGCUGGUGUCAUGGCAAUUGACAAUCCUCUUGUCAUAUAA